UGCGCCACCAAGUGUUGUGAUCUGGCAAUGUUAGUGGGGGAAUACCGUUCUGUUGAGCAGUGCUGGCCCGAGUGCUGGUGCGCAAUACGACAAGAAACACGUCAUGACAAUCAGUUGGAAGAAAUAAGAGAACCUUAAAAGAUAACAGUCAACUUAGUACCAUGGCAUCAUCCAAAGCUCCACUGCAUUUCAGUUUUGGUCUGAUCGCCGAUAUCCAGUAUGCUGAUCACGAUGACCGAAUGAAUUACCAACAGACACAAUGGCGUUAUUACCGUAACUCAUUGAACCAUCUUCAGGAAGCUGUGUAUACGUGGAACAGUGAAGAGAAUCGCAACAUUGAGUUUGUAAUCCAACUGGGUGACCUUAUAGAUGGCCGGAAUUUUGAGAAAGGGGGGACUAGCGAAUCCAACCGGGCGCUACAUGUUGUGUCUGAUGCAUACAAAAGUUUUGCUGGAAGGAUUCACCAUACGUGGGGUAACCAUGAACUGUAUAAUUUCACUCGUGAACAACUCUUCAAAACCUCGCUCUAUUCAUCGCCCCACAGAGCAACAAGCGACAAUAAGAUUGCUUAUUAUAGUUUCACUCCCUUUGACGGAUAUCGUUUUGUUAUUCUUGAUACCUUUGAGAUAUCUUUGAUUGGUAGUGAGCGAGGAAGUCCAGAAUUUAAUAAGGCUGUGAAGAUAUUGAAAAAUAAUAAAAAUGAAGAUAAAAACUCUUCUAUUGGAAUCAGUGGCAUGGACAGGAGAUUUAUGGCAUUUAAUGGAGGCGUGUCUGAGAAGCAGUUACUCUGGUUGGAUGGAGUGUUGGAUGAAGCAUCAAGGAAUGGAGAAAGGAUCAUUAUAUCAGGUCACCUACCGAUCUACGAACCUGCCACUGAGUCACUUUGCCUUCUCUGGAACUUUGACUCGAUGCUGGACGUCAUUCACAAAUACAAAUGCGUGAUGGCGUACAUCAGCGGCCAUGACCACUUCGGUGGUUAUGCAGUGGACGAGUAUGGUGUGCAUCAUGUGACAAUGGAAGGAGUCAUAGAAAUACCUCCUGGAAGUAACGCUUUUGCAACUGUGGACAUGUAUCAGGAUAGGAUGAUGCUGCGGGGAUACGGUGUAGUGGCUUCCAGAGAGAUGAUCUUCCCAAAAUAACUAUUAACUAGUCUUUUCCUUGCCAUAUACUUUGCUUUCAUCAGAAAUAUCCUAUAAUCUAUGUGGCAUAUGUUCCACUUUCUGUACAGCACUACAGUACAAAUGCCGAGUUUUUGAUAAGUUCUUGAGUAAAGGCAGCUAGACUUAGAAAGUAGGUGGCUGUCUCUCAACCAAACCCUUGAAUGCCUAGCUACAAUGCUAGUUAUAUCUCAUUGCGUCCAUUGAUUUAAAUGACAAAUUUGAAGAUUGCUAGUUUACGAGGUAUCACAGCAUGCAGCAUCAUAUCUGGCCAAUGAACAUAGAGUAAUUUAUUUAUGCUAAUUAUAUCUUAUGGAGUGUGUGACAUUUGCAUUAAUCUGAAUGAUAAUAAAAAAUUACUACGAUCAUUAUUGGAGUGGCAUAUUGCAAAUGGAGUGUUGCAAAAAUAAAUCAAGAAAUUGCGGGAAAUUGAAGAUGAAAACUCGCAGUUUGAGUGAAAUACUUUAGUGUAUGUUUAAUG